GAAGAUUGUCUUGCUGUGACUGUGUUGUGGUUGUCUUUAUUCAGGUGUGACCGCACACCGGCUCUUUUACGUACCGCGCAAAUGAAAGAAUGACGAGCGCAGAAGGCACUACCACGCCCAGUGCCAUGCGUGAUAGCCAUGGGUUUGCUCUGGUGCAGACUUCGGAAAAGGCGAAGCAGCCCGACGAAUUACGAACGCCAUCUGAACCCGCUGCGCUGGCGCUCGCAAAGUCGCUAUAUAACCACGAGCAAAAUCGCCGCAUCGAUGCCGCUCUGGCAAACUUCGACGGGGAGGACGAGAAGGGUAACCGUGUCAAGGACUGGAAGGGUGACACCCUGUGGCGGUACGGCAAGCGCGACGGCCUCAGUGAUCUGGAGAAAUGGAUUUUCUACGAGCUCUUUGUCUGGUUGAGAACCAAAGACGUGGAGAGGGAGCAAGACUUCAAGCGCGACAAGACCAAGGGAGGAGUGUCGUACUUCUGUGGGCCCCAGGGGUGCCCCUUUACCCGCACAGGCAAGCAGGUCUUCCGUUCGGAUGUUGACCGGGAAACGUUUCGGCUCAUCAGCGUGUGGCUCUGGGCACGGGGAAUUUCGUUGCCGCUCACGCCGUUCCUCACUCCGGUAUUUUGCUUCAUGGAAGACAUUGACCUGGCCUAUGACUCUCUGAAAUUGGAAGACGCAGAGACAUGGUUCGCGGAGUUCGGCAUCGAGGUCGACAAGAAAGCACGAAUCCGCGACAUCAGGCACGCAGAUCCACGAAUUCCCCGGAAGGAUCGCUGCGGAUGGGCGUACAUUCCAGAGCUGAAUGGUACAUCGUAACUAUGUAGAUUUUCUUAAUGUGCUUAGUCUUUCGAAUGCACGCACUUAGGCGCAGAGCCUCUCAAGUUUUAUUCGUAUAAGAUGGAGCGCAGUUUAUCAGGCAUCCAUGGCGCGUGCAGAAGAGAUAAUAGUCGGCAUGAGAAGAAAAAAACUGCACUCACGUCACAGCCCCGGUCCGAGGCAAGGACGCAGCUGCUGGGGCAGGUGGGGAGCUCGGCGCAACUGCGGCACAGACGUUAGAGCAGCUCAGUCCAAGUUCUGUGCUCUUUCCCGGGUUUUUGGAGCUUCGCGCGAUGGUCAUGCGGAAGUUCUUCCCGAAGGUCUUGGGGUUAUGCAUUGCAAACAUGUCUGGGUCUUGAUUUGUGAUGCGAAAUUUGAAAGACGCAUGAAUGCGUGUGGCUGUUGCCACUUUAUUUUGGGUUGUGGUGGAAGCCUGUGUGCAUGCAAAGAAAAUACUGCAGAAACAAACCUCGCAAUGCCACCCCACCCGAAAAAUUUGUGAUGCGUUUACGCCGUGCAAAGCGGCGCGGUGUAGUUACGCAAUAGAUACUCAUUUAUUACGACAAGCGAAGUCGCGUGCAGCUCUUACCCUGACCCAGACAUGUUUGCAUUUGAUAAGGGCUCCGCUGCUACAUUUUCUCGUCAACCGGAUGGUCCAGAAACAAGGAGAAAGUAAAAAUCUCUCUUCACCUAGACUGGAAGGCAUUAGGAGCUCCGCCAGGCAAAGAAACUUCCGCCGAUGUAGCCGCCGCGACUUCCGACGCCAGCGGCGAAGAACAGGCGCGACAAGAGAAAGGCACGGCGCUAGGUGAUUCGGAAAAACCCUCUAGCGCGGAGAUGGUCGAGCGCCCCCUGCUUGUAGAUCAAGACUCUGUCCGCGUCAUUCGCAAGGAGACUCUGACCGCUUUUAAGGCAAACCUGCCAAGGAUGAAAGACUUCUACUGCUCCGACAAGGUGAACUCUCAGCGGCGGGCUUUCGAGCUGUCUCACCUCGAAACGCUGACACUUCUGCAGAACUACAUCGAGCUGGAGACGGGGCACGUCAGAGAAACAGUGGACAACCGCACCGAGACAGGACAGGUCGCCGGAUCCGGCGCACUUGAGGUCGACCCGUGGACGCGCAGCGCUGGAGCGAAGAAGCCGGCGAAGCAUGAGCAUGAAGCAGGCUGCAGGGUCGAAAAGGGGUGGCGGCUCCGGUUGGUGCGAUUGGCAAACAAGGACGCGCGAUGGUUGUACCGGAGCACAGACUCGGGCGUUGACAGACAGCAGCUGGUCCA